UCAGUUGCUAUAACAUUUCACUCUUUGAGAGGUCGGGUAAUUAUACAGCACAUAAAACAGCUAUAGCGAUGGAGAGACGAGAAGGACGUAUACUAAAGAGCCAGUUCCCAGAUGUCGAUGUGCCAGAAAUGUCGGUGAAUGAUUUUCUUGAGCAACAUUCCUGGUUGAACAAGCCACAGGACUCCAUAGCUGUGAUUGGGCGCAGUGUUGGACCACCUGAUGCUAGCAAGGAGUGGAGGUUGUCGUACAGAGAGCUGCGGGAGUCUGUAAGGAGAGUAGCUAGCGGUCUAGCCCGGCGCGGCCUCAGGAAAGGUGACGUCGUGUUUGUGUGCAGUUCUAACUGCCCAGAAUACGUGAUCACGAUGUUGGCAGUUUACUCGCUAGGGGCCGUCCUGACGUCUGCGAUUCCUGGAUCCUCUGUAGACGAGAUACUUUACAAGCUGGAAAUUGCGAAGUUCUGUGGCACUUUAAAGUUUUUCGUCGUAUCUAGUGACGAGCUAACAACUGCGAGGAAAUUGGUGGAGCGUUGUGGAGUAAACGUGGCACGGAUUUCAUUUGGCAGCAUAGUAGACAAAGAGUGUAUACCGUUUAACGAUCUGCUGGAAGACAGUGGCGACGCAUUUCCUAAAACAAACCGUGCUGAAUCCGGUGACAUAGCCGUCGUGCUAUAUUCCAGCGGAACAACUGGCCCGCCAAAGGGCAUACCUUGGACUCACAAACAACUCGUGGCUUGUCUCUGUAUUCCUACCUGCUUAAACAUGAGACAAGAAGACGUAGUUCUGGUGGCAACUCCUCAAGCUUACGCAGGCGGCAUGUCUAUAACAAUACGCAGUUUAGCUCAAGGGGCGGUAACCUUGUCCCUGCCUAAUCUCAGUAAUCCUGGGCUAUACAGUGCAGCAAUAAACAAAUACAAGGUCACCUAUACCUUCUGCAUCUCUCCACUGAUCGUCAGUCUGGUAAAGCAAGGUUACGAGCUGCCCACAUUACAACGCUGUGACACGGCUGGGGGCAGCUGCAGCCCUGCAGUUAUCAGAGAAGCUAGAAUUACGCAUCCACACCUGAUCAUUAAUAGUAAGCUUUUCGGAAUGACUGAAGUCGGAUCAGUCAUAGGCGCUCGCCUGAAAAGAAUCAGGAUAGCAACACGAAGAGGAUGUUCUUCUUGGAAAAGCCUCUAG